GCCUUCCCAGCUACCUGCCCGCAACCCUAGGCGUGGGGGUAAAGCUGGGAUCGGCUCUGGCUCCGCUUGGCUCCUCGCUGCUCUGGCUGGACACCCAUCGCUCCUGGCCGUGUCCGUGAUCUCCUCGGCUGGCGCCUUCCCGGGUAUUCUCCGCACGCAAUGUUAUAAGUAUCCAAGAUGUGGACACUAGAUGUGCUACUGUUACCCUGGUUCUUGUCACUGACACAGUAAAAAAUUAUAGGCGUGUGCCUGCUUAUCUUCAUCUCAGGUGAAGGGCAGAAGCUCUCCAGAUGUCUUCCGGGAAUGACCAAGUUUUUAUCCCGAUGUCACAAGCAAACACCAGCGGCCACCCCAGGAUGACAACCCCCAACGACCUGAAGACAUUCACUGACGGGGCUGUGCUAAGUUUUCAUAACAUCUGCUAUCGAGUAAAAGUGAAGAGUGGCUUUCUGCUUGGAAGGAAAACAACUGAGAAGGAAAUACUGAUGAAUGUCAAUGGGAUCAUGAGACCGGGCCUGAACGCCAUCCUGGGACCCACAGGUGGAGGCAAAUCUUCGUUGUUAGAUAUCCUAGCUGCAAGGAAAGAUCCACAGGGAUUAUCUGGAGAUGUUUUGAUAAAUGGAGCGCCUCGACCUGCCAACUUCAAGUGUAACUCAGGUUAUGUGGUACAGGAUGAUGUUGUGAUGGGAACUCUGACAGUAAGAGAAAAUCUACAGUUCUCAGCAGCUCUUCGCCUUCCAUCAACUAUGUCCAAUCAUGAAAAAAAUGAACGGAUAAACGUGGUCAUUCAGGAGUUGGGUCUGGCCAAAGUGGCGGAUUCCAAGGUUGGAACUCAGUUUACCCGUGGUGUGUCUGGAGGAGAAAGAAAAAGGACGAGUAUUGGAAUGGAGCUUAUUACCAAUCCAUCCAUCUUGUUCCUGGAUGAGCCCACAACUGGCUUAGACUCAAGCACAGCAAAUGCUGUCCUUUCACUCCUGAAGAGGAUGUCUAAAGGAGGACGAACCAUCAUCUUCUCCAUUCAUCAGCCUCGUUUUUCUAUCUUCAAGUUGUUUGAUAGUCUCACGUUGUUGGCCUCAGGAAGACUAAUGUUCCAUGGGCCUGCUCAGGAGGCUUUGGAGUACUUUGCAUCAGCUGGUCACCACUGUGAGCCCUAUAAUAACCCUGCAGACUUCUUCCUCGAUGUCAUUAAUGGAGACUCCUCUGCUGUGGUAUUAAACAGAGAUGAUGAAGAUGGUGAAGCCAAGGAGACUGAAGAAUCUUCCAAGAGAGAUAAGCCACUCAUAGAAAAAUUAGCUGAGUUUUAUAUCAACUCUACCUUCUUCAGAGAAACAAAAGUUGAAUUAGAUCGACUCUCAGAUGUUCAGAAACAGAAGAAGAGUGUGGCCAUCAAGGAGAUCACCUAUGCCACCUCCUUCUGUCAUCAAGUCAAAUGGAUCUCCAGGCGUUCAUUCAAAAACUUGCUGGGUAAUCCCCAGGCCUCCAUAGCUCAGAUAAUUGUAACAGUCAUCCUGGGACUGGCUAUUGGUGCCAUUUUCUAUGAUCUAAAAAAGGAUCCCACGGGAAUCCAGAAUAGAGCUGGGGUGCUCUUCUUCCUGACAACCAACCAGUGUUUCAGUACUAUGUCAUCUGUGGAGCUCUUUGUGGUUGAGAAGAAGCUUUUUAUGCAUGAAUAUAUCAGUGGAUACUAUAGAGUGUCAUCUUAUUUCUUUGGGAAACUGUUAUCUGAUUUACUGUCCAUGAGAAUGUUACCAAGUAUUAUAUUUACUUGUAUAACCUACUUCUUGUUAGGAUUGAAGCCAGUGGUGGAGUCCUUCUUCAUCAUGAUGUUUACCCUUAUGAUGGUGGCUUAUGCGGCCAGUGCUAUGGCUCUGGCCAUAGCAGCAGGUCACAGUGUGGUGUCCAUAGCAACAUUUCUCAUGACCAUCUCCUUUGUGUUUAUGAUGAUUUUUUCAGGCCUGUUGGUCAACCUCCGGACCAUUGUGCCUUGGCUCUCGUGGCUUCAGUACCUGAGUAUUCCUCGAUAUGGCUAUGCAGCUUUGCAGCAUAAUGAAUUUUCGGGACAAAACUUCUGCCCUGGACUCAGUGUAACAGGAAAUGAUACCUGUAGAUUUGCAAUAUGUACUGGAGAAGAAUUCUUGAUAAACCAGGGCAUCGACACCUCUCCUUGGGGCUUGUGGAAGAAUCAUGUAGCCUUGGCAUGUAUGAUUGUCAUCUUCCUUACAAUUGCUUACCUAAAAUUGUUAUUUCUUAAAAAAUUUUCUUAAAUUCCUCUCUGAUUUAUAUUUACCUUUACAUUAAAAAAGGAGGAUCCUAGCCCCAGCCUGGUAGCUCAGUUGUUUAGAGUAUCUUUCUGACAUAGUAAGGUUGUGGGUUCAAUCCCUGGUGAAGGCACAUAUAAGAAGCAAUUAAUGAAAGCAUAAAUAAGUGGAACAACAAAUUAAUAUCUCUCUCUCUCCCUCUUCUUUUUUCUCUCUAAAAUCAAUAAAUAAAAAAUUUAAAAAUAAAAUCAAAUCAAAAGGGAGCAUCUUGAUUUAAGUAUUCAGUGAA